CCUUGAACACACCUGCGCGCCCACGGAGGCGCUCGUCCGCGAACCCUGCGCUGGCUCCACGCCCCCUCCCCUCGUAUUUUUAUUUUCCGGGCCUCAACCGUCAGUCUCGCAGUUCUCUCCUGAGAACCACCGCGUAGGUCGGGCCAAGCCGGGAACAAGCAAGACCCCAGAGAGCUCCACCUAGUCCACAGGAUAAUAUCCCACAGCAGAACUCGGAGUCAGCUAUGGCUAAACCCCAGGUGGUUGUAGCUCCCGUGUUAAUGUCAAAGCUGUCUGUGAAUGCCCCUGAAUUUUACCCAUCAGGUUAUUCUAAUUAUACAGAAUCCUAUGAGGAUGGUUGUGAGGAUUAUCCCACUCUAUCAGAAUAUGUUCAGGAUUUUUUGAAUCAUCUUACAGAGCAGCCUGGCAGUUUUGAAACUGAAAUUGAACAGUUUGCAGAGACCUUGAAUGGCUGGGUUACAACAGAUGAUUCUUUGCAAGAACUUGUGGAACUCAUCUAUCAACAGGCCACGUCUAUUCCAAAUUUCUCUUACAUGGGAGCUCGCCUCUGUAAUUACCUGUCCCAUCAUCUGACAAUUAGUCCACAGAGUGGCAACUUCCGCCAAUUGCUACUUAAAAGAUGUCGGACUGAAUAUGAAGUUAGAGAUCAAGCUGCAAAAGGGGAUGAAGGGACUCGAAAAAGAUUCCAUGCUUUUGUACUCUUCCUAGGAGAACUUUACCUUAACUUGGAGAUCAAAGGAACAAAUGGGCAGGUUACAAGAGCAGAUAUUCUUCAGGUUGGUCUUCGGGAGUUGCUGAAUGCCCUCUUUUCUAAUCCUAUGGAUGACAACUUAAUUUGUGCAGUAAAAUUACUGAAGUUGACAGGGUCAGUUUUGGAAGAUGCCUGGAAGGAAAAAGGAAAGAAUGAUAUGGAAGAAAUUAUUCAGAGAAUUGAAAAUGUUGUCCUAGAUGCAAACUGCAGCAGAGAUGUAAAACAGAUGCUCUUGAAGCUUGUAGAACUCCGGUCAAGUAACUGGGGUAGAGUCCAUGCAACCUCAACAUACAGAGAAGCAACACCUGAAAAUGAUCCUAACUAUUUUAUGAAUGAACCAACAUUUUAUACAUCUGAUGGUGUUCCUUUCACUGCAGCUGAUCCAGAUUACCAAGAGAAAUAUCAAGAAUUACUUGAAAGAGAAGACUUUUUUCCAGAUUAUGAAGAAAAUGGAACAGAUUUAUCAGGGGCUGGUGAUCCAUACUUGGAUGAUAUUGAUGAUGAAAUGGACCCAGAGAUAGAAGAAGCUUAUGAAAAGUUUUGUUUGGAAUCAGAGCGUAAGCUAAAACAGUAAAGUUAAAUUUCAACAUAUCAGUUUUAUAAAGCAGUUUAGGUUAUGGUGAUUUAGCAGAACACAGGAAAGCAAAAAAAAAUGUGUCAUACUUAAACCAAAAUUAAGGAUGUUGAGUUAUGUUACUAAUGUAUGCAACUUUAAUUUUGUUUAACACUAUGCCAAAAUAAACUUUAUUCCCUAUAACUUAAAAUGUGUAUAUAUAUAUAAUAGUUUAUUAUGUACAGUUAAUUCCACUGUUUUGGCUGCAAUAAAAUUGAUUUUGAAAUAAAUGAAAUGUUGAAAGUAAA